AUGUACAAGCCUGCUCCGCGACGCCCCAAGAAAACGAGCAUCGUCCGUUCCCGGUCUGGCUGCAAAGAAUGCCGACAACGCCGAGUGAAGUGCGACGAGAAGCAGCCGUCAUGCAGCGCAUGUAUGCGCCGCGGAGAUAAAUGUGAAGUGGUCACUCCCAAAUUCGACUUCCGCGAUGGCGUUAUGCUUGGCGCCAGACCACAAGGCGUUCGCCUCAUUAAACAAAAAACGACACACAGCAAAGAGCUAUCUGCCCAAGGCACAACCACCCAUGAUGAGUUGUAUCACUAUGGGUCUGAUGAUUUCUUAAUUGAACCCAACCAUUCAGACAAUGCUCCCACGCCUGCGCCUCACCCAAUCCACGAUGAACGGCUCUCAUGCAGUCCACCGACACCCCAAUCUCUGACUACGACUUUUCCGUCCCCAUUGCCAAGUUCAACCAUAAUAAGGUCUCUCGGUCGAUCAGAAAAUGAGUUGUUUUAUCUCACGCACUGGGAGAAGUCUUGUGUGCAAUCACUCCCGUCAUUCCAGGCACAAAUCACUGCCAUGGCCAAGGAACAUGCGCCGCUAAUGCAUGCUCUCUUGGCUCUCUCGGCUUGCAAUAUGAGUCGAUCGUUGCCAGAAGGAACUAAAGGAGGGACUGAAACGUCAUCUUCACAAAUCAUAUAUCGUCCUAAGCGUGACUACCUUUUAUCAAGUCAACACUACUACGGUUCAGCAAUCAAGCAAAUCGCAAAAACCAUCGGCAAAGGUACACCCAGUAGUAUACCACACAUUUUGGCUGCGAUGGUUCUAUUAUGUUACUUUGAGUCCACGAUGGGAAACUUUGCGAGUUUUGCUUGCCACGCCCAAGGCGUUGACACGUUCAUAAAUACGCAUCUCACAACAAUAUCAUCAGAACCAAUAGGUCGUGAAAUAAUUGCGGCAUGUGUUUUAUCAAAGUACCACACUUGGUGGCUCAGAAUGAAUUUCAGCUCAUUCUCAUUUCAACUUAGUCAAGGCCCGCUUUGUCUAUCUCCAGUUAUCUCGAACAUGCUUCGCUCAACCAAUGCAAGGCGAGUUAUAGUCACGUCGAUCUUGUGCGAAUCAUAUCGUCUCAAUAACAUCGCUCUUCUACAGCUGGGGCCUUGUGGAACGCAGACCUCAGGUGUUACCGUUGAAGAAUGUGUUGCAUAUCUACAAAUCGAAUCAAUGAGGCUCGAUGAAUGGCAUGCUGGACUUCCGCAGUCAGAGCUCCCCAUAGAAUCAUUUUCUGGCCUUGUGGACCACGAUGAAGGGGGCAUCCGUCCCCUUAUGUUCAGAUCACAUUAUUUCGCAAUGAACUACGCCUACUAUAUUUGUUCCCGAAUCAUGCAAUGCACUGCGCUGUUUCAUGAAUUGAGGUGUACGCGCGGUCAAUCAAAUAAUCCUGAAAAGAAGGAAAUCAACUUCUGGAUGACUUUAUUGGUCUGCGUUGUGUCUGGUCUCAACAAACAGGAUUGCUUCAUGGGCAAUGUCUACUCGAUCGGAGUUUCCAGUCUCCUUACUGCUUGUCUUCUUCGGUGUCAAAAUAUCACGAUCGGGAGAUGGGUCGAGAAAUGGUUGCAUGAAUGGAGUAUAUCAUCCAUUAUGGAGGAGGGAAGUUUCCCAGUCUUUCAGGCCCUGGAGACUAUUCGGCUGAUCAACGAGGAGAAGGCCGCCGGUAAUGACAUUUACGCUAUCGCGCUGCCGGAUGACGACGGCGGUGGCACCGGAAAGCAUACGUCGUAUAAUAGCCAGCACUUCGACAGGAUCGUAACGAUAGGGAGAAGAGGGAUAUCGGGACGGUUAUAUUCCGAAUUGGUCCCAAUCAAUAUGAAGAGUUAA